CCGGUAUUGUUCCGGCUAACGGGGGCGAGGUUUCCGCCCGGACCCAGCGGGCGGCCGGACACGGACACGGACACUCGGCGCCAAAUUGGAGCGCGUCCCCCGGGAGGACGGGAUGAAGCCGCGGCGGCCAGUGAAACGGUCCCUGCAGUUGGACAAGAAAAGGGAAGGUGAGACCACUCCCAACAAGAAGCUCCGCCGACUGUCCCCUGCUAAAUACUCUCCGAUUACUGGGACACACAUUCUCAGUUCCUUUACAUCCAGGGAUGUCGGUCCGGAUGAUACAAGCACAGAUGCUGCUGACUUGGCGGUGCAGGCGCACAGAGCGACCACAAGAGAGCAGCAACAUUCCGAGGAGAGAGAUGAGUUCAGUGCACUAAGGUCCAAAGUCGAAGCAUCUGUAUCGAUAUUGAAGGCUACCAGAGAGAAGCUGCUGUGUCUGUGGGUCAGUGGGGAGAAUGGCUACGGACAUCCGUCCUUUGGGAGUGAUGUUAGAUCCAGGUCCUGUCCGCCAGCUUUUCAGGCUUCAGAGGGCAGCAGGGAGUUGGAGUAUGUCCUUGGAGCUUGGAACAAGACUGGAGACCUGAGUGCUGAGCUCCAGCGGAACCGAAAGCUCGUGGCUCAACUCGAGAGCAGAGGCUCGAGCACCGGGGCACAGGAGACGUGAGCAGCAAAUCCUAUGUGUGUUUGGGAUGGAGCCCUGGGCGCUGUCCUGCAGAAUGAAUUUUCUGAGCUUCUCAUUUGUUUUAUAUUUGCAUCUUUUACGCCCACCCACUCCCCACAAUGAAAUAUGAAAUGGAAUAAAUAAAGACCUUAAUCAUGACAUGUGAUGUAA